AAACCCAACCAUAAUUAAGCCUCGUUAAAUAAAUUCAACGUUUUUCACAUUGAUUGCGAUCUCUACAUUUCUCCUUUUGUUCUCUCUCUCUCUCUCUCUCUGAAGCUCACGCUCUCUUCGUGUUGUUGACAAUGGCUCGAGGCACAUCUCAGUCCCAAACGACGGCGUCCUCCUCCACCUCACGCCCCGGCGUAAUGGCUCCCCGCGGCUCUGCCGCCGCUACGGCCGGAAUGCGCCGCCGUCGCAUAGGAGGCUCUACCAGCUCCAGCAGUGUCGGCGGAGGCGGAGGCGGGUCUGGUGCUGGCAACAACAUGCUCAGGUUCUACACAGAUGACGCUCCUGGAUUGAAGAUCACGCCGACUGUUGUUCUCGUCAUGAGCCUCUGCUUCAUCGGCUUCGUUACGGCUCUUCAUGUGUUCGGCAAGCUUUAUCUCCACCGAUCCGGUGGUGGAGCUUGAGUUUCGGUCCUGGUUCAGAUCGGGUCUCUAUUCGAAGCUUAAUCGGUAAUCGAACAAUACGGUGUUUUCUUUUUGUUAUGCUCUGUAAAUUUUCGCAGGGUUGAUGUUGGUAGGGUUUCAAUUUUGUUUAACUCUGGAUUGGUUGGAUCUUGGAUGGUGGUUUUAACGAAAUCGAAGUGAUAUUUAGCCGUUCUUAAUUUU